GCAGCUUUGUCUUGCUGUAGUGAAAACACUUCUCCAAGUAGCCUUGGCCAGAAGAAGCAGAAAACAACUUUCCCAUGUAUCCCAUGUCAGACUCGAACACCCACUGGAGAGAAGAAUGGUGGCCAGUCUAGGGGACCACAGAAGACUCCCCAUACAGUUUGUGAUGCUUACCCCUACCUGCCUGGCUCACUCGCCUCCCUGCUGCUGGCUGCUGGCACUGCUCCUUGUCCUUUCAGGAGCUUCUGAGCGGAGCAACAGGUGUGAGGGGCAGGUUCUACAGCCUGAGGGUCCCAUGUUGGUGGCAGAAGGUGGGACACUCCUGCUGAGGUGUACAGUCACCGGAUCUUGCCCUGAUAACAUGAUAAAAUGGGUCAAGGUGAGCAACAAGGACCAGCAGGAAAUUUACAACUUCAGACAUGGCUUCUUCCCCGGGGUGAUGCCCAUGAUCCUGAAGACACUGGAGCCACUUAACUGUGACUAUUCCAUCUAUAUCCACAACGUCACCAGGGAGCAUGCUGGAACCUACCACUGUGUGAAGUUUGAUGGCUUGCGUGGGCACGCAGAAAAGAAGCUGGACGAGGGCACCUCUGUGCUUGUGAAGAGACCUACGGACACAGAGCCAGACCUCUGGAUCAUCCAACCCCAGGAGCUGGUAUUGGCAACCGCAGGAGACACUGUCUUCCUGAACUGCACGGUGCUUGGAAAUGGUCCCUCAGGACCCAUCAGGUGGUUUCGGGGGACUGGUCUGAGCCGAGAGGCCAUUUACAACUUUAGAGGCAUCUCCCACCCCAAUGUGACAGCAGUUCAGGCCUCCAACAGCGAUUUCAGCAUUCUUCUUCAUGGCAUCUCCACUGAGGAUUCAGGCACUUACUACUGUGUAAAGUUUCAGAGGAAACACAACAGGCAGUACCUAUCUGGACAGGGCACCAGGCUGAGAGUGAAAGCAAAGCCCACUCCUCCCCAAGAGCCAGAAUUCACCAAUGUACAUGCAGCCAAGUUAUUUCCAUCAGGCCUCCUGUCUGUGUUCAUACCUGCAGUCCUGGGCCUGAAAGCAGUGACCUUGGCCGCACUUCUGCUGGCCCUGAUUGCCCGCCAGAAGAGCCUUUAACAAGGAGACGUCAAAACUGCAGGCCCAGCAGAGCUGUGCUCUCCUUAGCAUGGGGCACAGGGUAGGGAUGAAUGAGGAGUCAGCCCUGGAGUGGGUCCUCUGAGUCAAAGAGGGCCCGGGACUCCCCAGCUGUUGCUCUGCUUCCAGUUCCAGCCUCCAGAUGCCCUCAGGCCUCAUGGUGAACUCUGGGAUCCCUACAUCUGGUUUCAGUAGAUAACCAGUGAUCUCCACUUCCAUGGCAUAGAGGCAGCUUCUUACUUGCUCUGUGGGCUUGCUGAGCUCAAUUCUGAGCUGAAAUGACACGUCUUUGUACCACCACCUCCCCUAGGGUAGCAUAAUGGUGGGCAGUAACUCUCAAGAAGAGUAUACGUUGCCCCCCAGGGGAUAGGUGGCAAUGUGUAGAGAUGUUUUUAAUUGUCGCAAAUGAAGGUCCUAUUGCCACCUAGCAGGUAGAGGUGAGGGAUGCUGCUAAAUAUCCUAUAAUGCACAUAGCAGACCCCACAAAGCAGAGUUAUCUGGCCCAAAGUGUUAGUAGUACUGAGGUUAAGAAGCCCUGGUAUAGAGGAAAGCGUGAAUCCACCUGAUUUCUAACCCUGAAGCUCCCAUCCCCUCCCUGUGUGCCAUUAGUAACUAAUGAGUCACUGCACCUCUUGGAACAUUGGAGAAAACAAUGUGGACUCUGCAGUGUACAAGAAACAAUUCGAGGAGUUCCCAUCAUGGCUCAGUGGUUAACGAAUCUGACUCAGAACCAUGAGGUUGCGGGUUCGGUCCCUGCCCUUGCUCAGUGGGUUCAGGAUCCGGCGUUGCUGUGAGCUGUGGUGCAGGUUGCAGAUGCAGCUCGGAUCCCGCGUUGCUGUAGCUCUGACGUAGGCUGGGGGCUACAGCUUUGAUUCGACCCCUAGCCUGGGAAGAAACAACUCGAUUCAACACAGCCUCAGGGCUUACUAUGUGCUCUGUGUAUACUCAGUACACACGAACUCUCUUCUCUUUCCAUGAGAACAUUUACUAGUACCUAUUAUGUGGGGGAGUGGAUUAGCCUGGAUGUUUUUCAUUACAACAAACAGAAAAACAGCUGGAACUAAACUAAGCCUAAGGGGCCAUUAAUCUA